GAUCAGGCAGUUAUGUCAGAGAAAGAUAACAAUAAGGCUCAAGAUCCAAAUCCGAGAUUUGCUAAAGAAGGUUGCAGCGUUUUGCUCAACGUCAACGAUGGUGACCGUCUCAUCUUCGCUCGCCUAUCUGAGAAUAAGAAUUACUCGUUAAAGCCAUUGAUUGGAGCUCCCUUUGGAUCUCUGUUCCAAGUCGAAACCGGAGAAUAUGGUUCUUUCCUCUCUCGCCUUCUACCCAUCAAGAAAGAAAGUAGCAGCAAUAAUGUUAUCGAUGAUGCGAGAGAUAAUAGGGAACUUAUUGACAAUAGUGAAGCUCAAAACCUCAUUGGUGAAGAGAUUGAAGCUAUGCGGAGAGAGGGUGCAAAUGGAGAUGAGAUUAUUGAAGCACUGACUGCAACCAGCAAAACAUUUGACCUGAAGUUUCAGUUGUCUCACGUAUUUAUUUGUGAAGCUUAUUUCAAGAAAUAUCCAGUCAGAAUCGGAUUCUUAAGAGUGGAUGCAUUGUCUCUUUUGUUAACAAUGGCUAAUGUCACCGCAUACUCGGAUGUGCUUGUGGUGGAUAUGGUUGGUGGCCUUGUCACUGGUGCAGUGGCUGAAUGA